AGUUGAAAACAGAAGGAAAUCGUAUAUAAUAAUAAUAAUAAAUUAUACCACAAUUUGUUUAUGUAAUUAUUCUCCGGGAUUUUAAUAAGAGAAAGAAAUGAAAUCGUUUGGUUUGGUAAUUUUCAAAGCAUGGUUGUUUGGAGUGGAUGGAAGGAACAUGGAAGGAGGCUGGAUAUCCCCCAAUCCAAAGUUUUGAAUAUUGAAAAAGUAAUGGAAGGUGACGUGUGGCUGUGUAACCACGCCUAACCUCACAUGCCUUCUCAUGCGCUUCCCCGUCUUGGUGGCGGCGCUGUCAAUGGCCCUUGUGGGUUCGGUUUGUUUGGUACUCUUCCAUUCCUAUCUUUCUUUCUUCCCUCCUCCCUUCUCAGUUAAAGUUUCACUCUCUUUUCGGUUAAAACCCGCUGUCUCUUUUCAAAACACGGAAGAAGGAGAGCAAUAUCAACAAUGAAGGGAAUGCAGAUGGGACUGUGGUGGGUCUGGCUAUAUGGGUUCUUGUUGAUUGGUCUUUCCUUGUAUGCCACACAGAGGCUACCUUCUUUUAAGCUGACAAGACCCCAGAAUUUCAACCACAAAGGUUUAAGCCCUCCGACAAUUACUAUAUUUUCAGCGCCUACUGACCCUUUUGCAGCUUCAGCUGACUCCAAGCAGAGUCUUGCUAUUCGAUCAUGGCUUGCUUUGUCCCCUCAAAUCAUUGUCGUUUUGUUUACUCAACACCCUUCUUUUGCCUCAGCUUUUGGUUCCCGGGUUUUGGUUGACUCCACUAUUGAUUUCACGUUUCUUGGUACCCCAUUCUUUCAUUCCAUGCUAGAGAAAUCACGGUUAUUCACAACAGACAUAGCUGUUUUUGUUGAUCCACAAACAGUUCUUCUGCCUGACCUCAUUUCCACCUUAAAUUAUGCUUACAAACUUGACCGUGACUGGCUUCUUGUGGCUUCGUUACGAAAUGUUUCCUACUUCCCGUUCCACUUGGAUGAUGCUGGGGAACAUUGGCUCAGAGAGGAUGGACAAAGGGUAAGACGCCAGGAGUUGCAGGAGAUACUUGGUCAUCAUUGGGAAUGGAAUCAUUGUGAGGACAGAAUGCUUAUGGCAUGGAACAACAGAAAUCUACCUUUACAUAAUGGAGUACUUCCUCCUUUCUUGUAUGGCAAGGGGAUUCACAACCACUGGGUCGUCAAUGAAGCUGUGUCAUCUGAAUUGAGGCUUGUCUUUGAUGCGAGUUGGACCAUCUCAUGUCUCUCUCUUAAUUAUCUUGAACAUUGGUCUGAAAUGUCAGUCAGAGGAUCCAGUGUUUUAGAGAUUGAAAACAGAAGCUGGGAGGAAGGUGGCAAUUCCCAUCUGGGUGCACUAUAUGGCUCGAUGUUUUUCCGAGAAAUUAAUUAUUCUGGCCUAGUAAAUCUUUUGAAUUGUGAGGGGCAAUAUCUUUUUGCUGACAUAACAGAAGACAGCGUUUAUCCAUCUGUGUGCCAGACAGGAAGUGGAUGGACUAGAAGGGUUUUGAGAUCCUGUACCCAGAGGAAAAGGAUGGUUUCUGCUGAAAAUGUUAAAUCACAAAACAGAACAUUAAAUUGUUCUAUGAGAGACAAGUUAAAGAUAUCGGAAUCAUUAGAUUUUCCAUUUUCUUUAGUGUCACUCCUUUCAAUAACUGCAGACGAGAACAAAACAAUUGUGCUUGCUGUUGCUGGAUAUAGUUACAAGGACAUGCUAAUGAGUUGGGUGUGCAGAUUACACCAACUCCAGGUCACAAAUUUCAUCAUUUGUGCUCUUGAUCAGGAAACAUAUCAAUUCUCUGUCUUACAGGGCCUCCCUGUUUUCCAUGAUCCAUCAGCGCCGAGAAACAUAAGCUUUAACGAUUGCCACUUUGGAACAGCAUGCUUUCAGAGAGUCACCAAAGUGAAGUCCAGAAUGGUUUGGAAGAUAUUGAAACUUGGGUACAACGUACUUCUAAGUGAUGUCGAUGUUUAUUGGUUUGGGAAUCCGUUGCCAUUGCUUUAUUCUUUUGGUCCUGGUGUUCUUGUGGCACAGUCCGAUGAGUACAAUUACACAGGACCUGUAAACUUACCGAGGCGCUUGAACUCUGGUUUUUACUUUGCUCGUUCUGAUGCUUCAUCUGUAGCUGCUAUGGAGAAGGUGGUAAAGCAUGCAGCAAGAUCAAACCUGUCUGAACAGCCAAGCUUCUACGACACAUUGUGUGGUGAAGGGGGAUCCUACCGUAUCAGUGAUAACAGAUGUGUGGAACCCGAAACAAAUCUAACCAUUCAUUUCUUGGAUAGAAACCUCUUCCCUAAUGGUGCAUACUUAAACCUAUGGCAGAAGAAAAAUGUGAAAAAAGCCUGUAUGAAAAGGGGCUGUCUUGUUCUUCAUAACAAUUGGAUUAGUGGGAGAGUGAAGAAGUUGGAACGACAGGUUGUAUCAGGUUUAUGGGAGUAUGAUAUUAGCAGAAGGAUGUGCCUGCAGAGCUAGUGCAGUUUCAAAUUGAUGCGAUAUUUUUGAUAACUAGUUAUUCUUGGGUUGGUGUUUCUUAUCCGCUGUCCUAGGCUAACUUUGAUUUUCACGUGGAAGAAAGGAACGAAACUUAUUCCCUUCCCCUAUGCCAAAGAAUCUCUUGAUAGCCUUGGUUUCAUCAUUGGCUUUCUGUGGACAAAACACUAGUUAGAUAUGGCCGGCCAUGAAAGCCUUGGCAAUAUAUAAUAAUAUGGAAAUAGUGCACAUUGGAACAAUGCUCCCCACAUUCUUGUCAUUAUGGUGAGAUGAAAUAUUGGGAUCUUACAGCUUUUGAUUGCCGGCUAUGCUGAAGGGCUGUGUUCAUUUGUUAGGCCUUAGUGGAAGUACACAGAGAGAGUCCAGAAGGAAAAGAGAACUGGAAGGAGCUCCUAUAUCAUUGGGCUUAUGCAUACAGUCAAGAGAUAUUUCAGUCAGGAUAGUUCAUCCUGGUGGAAGAGAGGAGCUGUAUCAAUAUGCCCUUCCUGCAUCCCACUUAAUGGAAAAAUAUCCUGGAAUGUGCGUUGCUCGUCCAGGAGUUUUCAAAAAUCCCCAGGAGUCUCUGUUAUGGCCAGAUGAAAAUUUAUUGCCAGGUCACAAAUAUCUUUUAAUUCCAUCCACAACUGCUCGGAAAUUGACUCUUAAACACACGGGAAGGGUAAAAGUGAAAGGAUUUGCAGAAGGUAAAGAUGAGAUAAUUGAUGCGAAUAUCACUUGGGAUGAGAGCGGAGACAUUUCCGAGGAAUCUGUAGGUUCUGCGAAAGAAUUCUAUGCUUCCAAGGAUAGGCGGCCAAGAUAUAAAGUGAAGAGGACUGUCAAAGCAAAGAAGCCUUUUGUACCCCCACUUCCUAAGGCAAGAUCUUUUCGUGUAUCAGCGUGGGAACCCAGCUUGACUUCCGUACAAGAAGUUUCUCCAUGAUUUGGUUAUCAACCAGAUGUGAGUACAACAUGUAUUCUGGUAUGUGGACUGGUCCUUCUAAGCAGUUCUUUUUCCUCCCUUCUUUUCAUUAGAAUUUUGAAGCAUUUCUCAUUGUUUGUUGGUUUUGUGACAUGUCUGCUACAGAAACUUUACCACAAUAACCGAGUUUUUAUAGAAAUAUGCAUAGGUGCUUAUUAUUCCA